AUGAAGCAGAGGAGAGCCGUCCCCCCUGAUGGGGGUUACGGCUGGGUGGUGGUCAUGUCGGCCUUUUUCAUCAUGGGCCUCACCGCUGCUGUCCUCAAAAACUUCGGCCUCUUCUUCUUGGACAUCCAGACCCACUUCGGGGUCAGGACAAGCACCACCUCCUGGGUCACUUCCACAACGAUCGCCAUGUUUCACCUUGGAGCUCCAGCAGCCAGUGCGCUGACCUUACAGUCUUCUCAGCGAGUGGUGAUCAUAGUCGGAGGCCUGCUGACCUCCGCGGGGAUGUUGCUGGCAUCUCUGGACCUCAGUCUGCCCUGGCUCUACCUCACCAUGGGCAUCCUGCAAGGUAUGGGUAUUUCCUUCUCAUGGAUCCCCGCCAACAGCAUGGUGAGCCACUACUUUGAUCGCUGGCGUCCCAUCGCCUACGCCAUCGCCAGCUCGGGGGAGUGUGUCUUCGCCAUCAUGUUCGGCCCCUUCUUCCAGUGGCUCAUUGAGACUUACAGCUGGCAGGGCGCCUUACUCAUCAUCGGAGGACUUCAGCUCAACCUGUGUGUCUGCGGCGCUCUCAUGAGGCCGCUGGAGACGGUCCAGAACCCGAUCCAGCAAACCAAAGAAGGUGUAGAAGCAGACGCUGCUGUGUUCCCGCCAAGAAGGAAACCCCUCUUCCACUUCUCCUUGUUGAGAAAGCCUGAACUUGUACUCUACAUCCUGUUUGCCAUCUUUGCGGCGGCAGGGUUUUUCAUCCCGCCCCUCUUUCUAGUGCCCUUUGCCAACAGCUUGGGGAUAGAUAAGUACUGGCCAGCCUCCAUCCUGUCUGUUCUGGCGUUUGCCGACCUGGCGGGGAGGCUGAUCUGUGGUUGGGUAGCCAACAUGAGGCUGCUGAGGAACCUGCAGCUGCUCACCAUGGUGGUCACUCUGCUCGGGGUUGUGCUCCUGCUGCUGCCCAUCGGCCACAACUACUGGAGCAUCCUGGUCUUUUCCUCGCUCUACGGCUUCCUGUUUGGCUGCGUGGUGGCCAUUCACGUCACCUCCAUCGUGGACAUUGUAACGCUGGAGGCAUUCGACAGCGGACUGGGGCUCUUUAUGCUUUUCAGGAGCAUCGGAGGCUUCAUCGGUCCACCUGCUGCAGGCUGGCUGGUGGACGAGAUGAAUGACUACAGCGUCGCCUUCUACUUCUCAGGCCUCUGCCUUAUUACAUCUGCGGUGUUCGUCGUCCUGGUCGACCGCCUGAUUCAGAGGAGGAAAGACGUGAAGGCUGAAGGUCAACAGGCGAUGAACCAACUGGAGGAGUGGGAAGGAGGAAAAGUCAAGUGA